AUGGCUACUGAAGAUGAUAACUUCGAUAUUGACAUCUAUGGUGAUGGUGGUGGAUAUAACGCUAAUGAACAAGGCGGAGAGGAUGAUAUCAAACAUGAUGACACCGAGCUCAUCCUAGACGCCCCAGAGCAGCCCCAGAAUGGCGGUCCUGCCCAUGGCGAUGGCGCUGCAGACACCAACGCGCAGCAGGGGCAUGCUGAAGGUACAGCGCCCAAUGGGGAACAUGUAACACAGUCAAACCCGCAGCAGCAAGCGGCAACGGAGACGCCGGCUCCUCCGCAGGGUGUAAAGCGCAAAGAGCAUGACGACCGCCCAUCGGACCCGGAUGCCACACCUGCUCUGCUUAUCUCCGAUUUGUACUGGUGGACCACUGAUGAUGAUAUCCGUGGUUGGGUCCGUGAGGCCGAUUGCGAGGAUGAACUUAAGGAUGUAACGUUCAGCGAACACAAGGUGAAUGGCAAGAGCAAAGGGCAAGCUUUUGUUGAAUUUACUACGCUUCAGGCCGCAACUGCCACCAAACACAAACUCGAAUCUUAUAGUACAAUAGGAUCAUCAGGACGGAAGUACUCUGUUAACUAUACCAACCCCCAACCAAACCCUUUCCGCACACUCCCGAAGGAUGCACCUAUGCGAAAGGACAACCAGGCUCGGUCAAUGUCUGGAGGCUUCAACUCACCUGCGCAGAACAUGAACUUCGGAAUGAACAACAUGGGUGGUGGUGGUGGUGGUGGCGGCGGCUUCCGUGGUGGCCGCGGCGGUUUCAACUCUCGGGGUGGCAUGAAUAAUAACAUGGGAGGUUUCAACAACCGGAACUUCCAGAACCCAAUGGGCUUCCAAAACCCGAUGGGUGGAGGUUUCGGCGGAAACCCGAUGGGUGGCAUGCAAAACUAUGGCGGCUUCAAUAACCGCGGAGGUAUGAUGGGCGGCAUGCGAGGUGGACCUGGGGGCAUGCGCGGCGGCCGUGGAGGUGGCGGCAUGGGAGGUCCCAACAUGAUGGGUAUGCCGAAUAUGAACCCGAUGGGUGGUAUGGGCAUGAACCCGAUGUCUGGUGGUAUGAACCCGAUGAUGGGCGGCAUGGGAGGAAACAUGGCUAUGCAAGGUAAAGGCGGUUUCCAAGGCCCUAAUCCGGCUUUCAAUCAAAACUUCUUCCCUCCUAACCAAGGGGUUGGAGGUGACGGAUCAUGGAACCCCCAUGGCGCAAAGCGCAGCCGACAAGAGUAG